GAGAUUUGACAGCAUGCUUUUCCCGCAUUUAGAGGUUUCCUCCGACAUCCGACCUCCGACAUCCCCAGUCUUCCUCGGCGUUUGGGAAAAGCCCAGUGAUGACGAGGCCUCUCCACUUGGUCUCGAAUGUUCGUAGCUCGCCCUAUGGCUGUGUUUACCCGCACGAUAUCAAUCCAUGCCUUUGCUUCACAUUUCCAAUGACAUUAUAUAUUCGCCCCUAUGCCCAAUUAUCUUUUCGCCCUCAUCCCAGAUAGCCACUACGAAGCUCUUCAUCCAACUCAAUAAACACCAUGCGCACCACCAGUAUCCUUUCAUCAGCGCUCUUCGCAGCAACAACACUGGCACAGACUCCUGCAGGGAGCUGGCCACCAACGCAAGUCAAUCUAGGCGCCUCGUUCGGAAACGAGACCGUCAGCCCCGGUCUAUGGAUCAAUCCCGACGAUGUGACAUCGUCUCCAUCUAUCUACCCCGGCAACGUCAAGCAUGCCUACCCCGGAACCUACAUGAUCCUGAUGCUUGACCUCAACAUCCCCGACUCCGACGUCACCACAGCGGACAAGUACUCGACCCUUGUCCCUGGUCUGGCGACCAAUACUACCACUCGUCUGCACUGGUGGGGUGGAAACUAUACCUUGGAAGGUCGAACCUUCGUCAACGCAAGCGAUGCCCUCGCACCGUAUACCGCCCCGCGACCCAGGGACAGCACUGAGCAUACGUAUACAAUCUACCUCUUCAACCAGCCAAAGGGCUAUGUCCCGCCUGCUGCGGCUGUUGAGGGCAUGUACUAUGAUCAAACCACGGAUGCACGAUUCAAUUUCAGUUUGGCUCCUGUUGUGGCGGCGGUGGGUCGGCCGGUGGCAGCGACGUACUUUGUUAGUUCGGCGACUGAUUGA